AGCUGCCGGUGCAGAUCCUGACGCCGAACUCGUCGCUCUACGCCGUGGUGGAGAACCAGACAGCGUUCCUGCACUGCCGGGCCUUCGGGGCCCCCGCGCCCACCCUGCCGGACUCGGGGCGCCGCACGCUGCGGGACGGGGCGCUGAUCCUGUCCCGCCUGGAGCCCAACGACUCGGCGGUGGCGCAGUGCGAGGCCAGCAACAGCCACGGGCGGCUCCUGGCCAACGCCUUCGUCUACGUCGUGGAGCUGCCGGUGCAGAUCCUGACGCCGAACUCGUCGCUCUACGCCGUGGUGGAGAACCAGACAGCGUUCCUGCACUGCCGGGCCUUCGGGGCCCCCGCGCCCACCGUGGAGUGGUGAGAGCCCCCAGA